AUGGCACCUCACUCUGAGUCUCCAAACGGCGCGGAGACUUCUCACAGCUUCAGGGUGAAAGAACCACAAAUUUCGGUUAUCAAUGACUUCCCUAUCGAAAAGAGUGUUUUCCCAUCAGCAGCAGCAGCUCUGUCUGCCGAGGCGAAUGGUAUGCCCGAUGUUUUGCUUGGAAAUAAAGAGACUUCCAAGAGUUCAGCAAAAGUUCAAAGGAACAUGAUUGAGCUUUUACCCAAUCAGUUGGCAACAGUAGCGCAUAAAGAUGCUCAAGUUCAUCACUUUCCAAUCUCAGAUGUGGCGCAACCGAUAUCAUGCUCAGAGAUUGGCGAUCCCGAGCCUGUUAUUCAUGAACCGUCACAAAGCUCAGAUAAUAAACUUAGGAAUGCUCUAUAUCAUCAAACACAAGACUAUUUCCAGCCUUUUGACAUCGGCAGAGUCGAGAAAACCUCUCGGAAGCCCCAACACGAGAGUACACAAGUCUCUUACUCAGCUCAGCUUCAAGCCGAAGUACAGCCCAAAUCGAAACCAAGAGCACCCCUUCGGACAAUAUUUCCUGCUCUGAAAAUCGAAGAUUACCCAAUCGACCAACCUGCCCCUCUCAAGGCAAUUGUAGUUGGUGCUGGCAUCUCAGGAAUCAAUGUAGGAAUUCUACUUCCGAUCAAGAUUCCUGGGUUGGAACUUGUCAUCUACGAGAAAGCCUGUGACCUGGGUGGAACGUGGAACUCCAACAUUUAUCCUGGGGUCAAGUGUGAUGUUCCAGCAGAUGUUUACCAAAGCACCUUCUCUCCAUCGCUUGACUGGAGCACAACGUAUGCAGCAGGUGCCGAGAUCAAGGACUACUGGAAGCGCGUAGCCGAGAAGUAUGAUGUAUUGAAGUACAUAACUUUCAACAGCCUCAUAACUCACGCUGAAUGGAACGAUGGGAGGAGCAAGUGGAUCGUCCAUGUGACCACCAAUGGUAUCGACAGUACCGAGGAAACAGACUUUCUCAUAACAGCUACUGGGCACUUCAGCCAGCCACUACUACCGAACUACCCGGGGUUAGAGGAAUACGAAGGGCAUUUGCGACAUAGCUCCAACUGGGAUCCUGACUUUGACCCAACAGACAAGCGAGUCGCACUCAUCGGGAACGGAGCAUCUGGUUUGCAAAUUGUUCCACCACUCCAGAAAGCUGUGAAACAUUUGGACCAUUAUGCACGAAGUAAGACCUGGAUAGCUGGUUCGUUCGGUGGCGAAGAUAUGACAAACUUUAGACCAGAUGAAGCACGAGACCCGGCCAGAUUCCAUGAAUAUCGCAAGAAGUUGGAAGCGAAAUCAUUCAAUCGGUUCGGUGGUAUAUUACGAGAUAGCAAGAAGAGCUUGGAGCUGAGGAGCAACUUUGAGAAGCUCAUGGCGCAAAGGUUGGGAGAUAGGAAAGAAUUGCUGGACUCGAUCAUACCAGAAUUCUCGCCAAGUUGCCGCCGACUAACGCCGGGACCUGGGUAUCUGGAGGCUCUGACCAAAGAAAAUGUCUCGUACAUCAGUACUAAAAUCGAGCGUAUCACGAAGACAGGAAUCCAAACAUCUGACGGUGUACAUCGAGAGGUUGAUGCUAUCAUAUGCAGCACGGGUGCAGACAUCUCGUUCUCUACCGCCUUCCCGAUUGUUGCUCACAAUAUCAACCUCCAAACUGCCUGGCGACCAGGUGGAGAUCCUGGAUUCCCGGAUUCGUACCUUUCAAUAGCUGCCCCCAAUUUUCCAAAUCUCUUCUUGCUAGUUGGACCCAAUGCCACAGGCCCCGGUGGCACAUUCCCUAACGCGGUCGAAAACCAGGUAACUUACAUUGCUAAAGUCCUACGAAAGGUGAAGACUCAAAGAAUACGAACUAUCACUCCCACGCAAGCGGCUACAAACGAUUUCCGCGCGUAUUGCGAGUCUUUCUUUCCACGUACUGUCAUGAGCGAGAAUUGCAGUUCCUGGUACAACGGAGGAAUCGCAGGUGGGCGAAUUCAUGGCUUGUGGCCUGGGAGUGGAACGCACGCCAAUAUCGUGCGACGAGAUCCUCGAUGGGAAGACUUUGACUAUACGUACAGGAGUGGAAGUGGAAACAGAUUUGCUUAUUUUGGAAAUGGCUACAGUGUCAUUGAUGCACAGGCCGAAAAUGACCCUGAUGCGAAAGUCGACUUUACACCGUAUCUGACAAGAGAAGCGGCUGAAGGGAAAGUGGAUCUUCGGGCGUACAAUGAAUUAUGGUUUGAUGCUGGAACGGAAUGGGAUUCGCAGAAAUAUAUCAGCGCGUGAUGGAGGAUGGAAGUUUGAGCUCGCAUGUAUUGUUCUGCAAGAUGAUCGCCCCUUGAUAGAAGAACUUGGAAAGUAGUACAGUGAUAUAGAGAUUAACGUCUCAAUAGCCAUUCUGCCAAUCCUUCUAGAGAUUUUUACCGAACAAGGGUAUCUAACCCAAUAGCGCUUUGGCAUGCAGAAUUUUUGUCCCUGUUCAAUAACAAUAAAUUUAAUGUCUUGUCGCAAAUUUUAU